AUGUCAGAACGGUACAGAUAUCCCCCAAAUGUCAGGACGGACAGAUAUCCCCCAAAUGUCAGGACGGUACAGAUAUCCCCCAAAUGUCAGGACGGUACAGAUAUCCCCCAAAUGUCAGGACGGUACAGAUAUCCCCCAAAUGUCAGGACGGUACAGAUAUCCCCCAAAUGUCAGGACGGUACAGAUAUCCCCCAAAUGUCAGACGGUACAGAUAUCCCCCAAAUGUCAGGACGGUACAGAUAUCCCCCAAAUGUCAGAACGGUACAGAUAUCCCCCAAAUGUCAGGACGGUACAGAUAUCCCCAAAUGUCGAGACGGUACAGAUAUCCCCCAAAUGUCAGGACGGUACAGAUAUCCCCCAAAUGUCAGGACGGUACAGAUAUCCCCCAAAUGUCAGGACGGUACAGAUAUCCCCCAAAUGUCA